GCGCCGCGGCAGGUGCGGGCGGGCAGGUGCGGCGCGGCGAGCCACUGCGCCCUGCAGAGGCAGCCUGUGGGCGCAGUCGCCUUCUCCCUGCCGCUUCUACCAUGGGCGUGAGUGGAUAGCCCAUUCGCCAUGAGCUGUGACCCUGCUGGCAUCCCCAGUUGGCCCCAAGUCCCUUGUACUGGACCUGUCAUCUUGGCAGUUGCCUCUCCAUUUCUGAUGUGCUCAAUCCUCAUGGAGCUACGUUCGUAACCAUGGCAACUCGGGUCGAAGUUGGCUCGAUCACAUCCCUGAGGGCGGGGCCUGGACUCUGUGACAUCAGCAGGGAGGAAACCCUGAAGAGGGCCUACUUUUGCCAGGCUGGGGACAUCCCUGGGGCACCCUCCACCAGGAUCCUAAGUGCAAAGAGCCCCCUCCAGACCCGUCUGUCCCCAUUGCCCAUUGCUCCCAAGCCUUUCUUUAAGGAGCAGGUGCCUGAGGGGAAGGCUCCUGUCAAAUCCUCGUGGCCUGGUGCCACCCAGCCCUGUCCUUCAGCCCAGACUGCUAAGGAGGAAGCUAAAGUGGACUUGGGUAAAAAGAUGCCGAGCUUAGCUGGUGAGGAGGCAGACAGAGGGGAGGCCCUGCAGAAUGGCCCUUCUGUACUCAGCAAAGCCACAUUCCUGAGAUCUGGCCCCAGCACCAUGGGCCUUUUUGAAACAACCAAAGCUGGACCCAGCCUGGGCAAAGGAACCAGUGAGGGGAGCCGGGAAGCCAGCUCCCGGGCAACCCAGGCGUCUCCCUUAAGUGCCAGGCCUGAGGUGGCUACCAAGCCUGCACUGCCUGCUCGAAAACCCCCAGUGACUCUGCCCCGACCAACCUCCUUGUCGCAGGACCCUGGGUCCAUUGUAUCCCAGGGGGAGGUAGGCCGAGCCCAACCUUUGCCAAAGGCCCGCAGUGUGGAGGAUCCCGCUGGACAGGCUCCAGAGGCCAAGCCACAACUGAAGAGACGGCCCAUGUCAGCUGUGUUCAGCGAGUACCUGCAGCCCCCAAAGCCAGGCUCGGGUGGGAUGGUAGUCAUGGGCAAAGUGCCCCCUACACCUCCCGAGAAGACGUGGGUGAGGAAACCCAGGCCUCUGUCUGUGGACCUGACUUCCAUCUUUGAGAGUGGAGACAUGUUUCUGAAGAAGGUGGCUAGUGAGCAGAGCACAACAGAGCGCCAGGGCCCAGAGAGAACCAGCAUGGAGCCCAGGGGUGAUGCAGAGAGUCAUGCCCGCAUGGAUGCCAUGCCUCAGGACCCUGAUGUAGACUUCCAGGAGCUGGCCAAGAGGCUCCAGGCACGGAGGGAGAAGUUAGUUCUCAAGCAGACAGAGACAGACAGUCCUGGGACUCCAAGGGCCAGGGCCACCCCUGGAGAUGACCAGAGUCCCCAGGAAGAGGAAGCCAUGUCAGGCCAGCAAUCAGAGAAGGUGCAGGAGUCCCCUUCGCCCAGACCUGGAAGAGCCCUGGGGCUGACAGAGGUCAAGGGUGGAAGGUUUGACCUGGAGGCUUCUGCGCGUCCAGAGAGGAAGCCCGCAGGAAAUGUCAGGAAACGCCUCAGUCUGUUUGGAGAAGAUGGCGCUGUGGCCUUGGCAGUGGAAUCUGAGCCCACCCCCGUGACCCUGGAGUCCCCAUCCACAGCGCCAGAGCCUUCCAGAGCUGGUGUGAACGUUCAGGCUCGGAUCAAAGGCUGGAUGGUGGAGAGUGCAGGGGAGAAGCCAGAGGUCAGGAGAAGGGCGUCCCAGGCACGGCCUUUGCCUGCGGAUUUGACCAAACUGUUCUCAAGGUCAGCUUCGAGCAACGAGAUUGGGCACGAGAAGUGUGCCACAGUGGGUGGCGAGCUCCCUGGGGAAAGGAGAGAAAAGCUUAAGGAAAGGCAUGGUUUGGAUGGAGCCCCUGCCACAAAUAGUCCAUGGAAGACUGGGGUUUCCGGGAAGUCUAAGCAGACAGAGCUCCAAGAUGCCUCUGACCAGGAGGGCCCCGACAGGUAUUGGAGUGCUCGCUCAUCGGGAGAUGAAAGUCCUUCUGAAGUCAGUCCAGAAGAUGAUGGAAGCUUCCAGAAGGUGUGGGCCACAGUGUUUGAGCAUCGAGUGGAGAGACACACAGUGGCUGACCAGGCAGGCCGGUGUCUCUCGACCGUACCCCCUUGUGAUGUGGCUGAUGCGAGGCCAGUUCCCAAACCCAGGCCUGAGAAUUGGCCAGGGAAGGAGCCACCAGGAGUGACAGACAAGAGAGACCGCUCCAAAUUGUCGGACCAUGCUGACCGGGGGACACUGGGACGAGCUGCCCUUGUGGAUGUAGAGCCAAGACAGUAUCCCACACCUGUCCCUGAGAUACACCCCAUGGAAGAGAGGCACAGCCGCUCUGCCCCAAGGCAUCUGGAAAGUCCCCCUGUGUCCCAGAGGGUCCAGCCCAGGUAUGACAUUGUGCAUGCCUCGGGGGAGCGUGCACACAGCGAAGCAGUGUCCAGGGUACCCGAGGAGAAGGCGGUGACCCUGCGCAGCGGCAGACCGCGGCUCUCGCUGCCGGGUCGGCAGCUAUCCCAGGAAGUCAGCCCUUCUUACCUGGAGUGUUCUCUGCAGGCUAAUGGGGGUGCCGUUCAGAGGGCAAGUCUGAUAUGGGAAGCUCGGGGUAAGGAAGGCAGUGGACCAAAGCUGGACUGUCAACAGCCACGGGAUAUAUUUGGGGGCACUUGCCAAUCUCCCAAAUGGACGGGAGGGGUGGUGGCAAGCUGGCACGGCAGCGCCGUGGUCAGCAAAGAUCUCAGUACUGUCCAAAGGGGUCCACCCUGGAAUGUCUCUUCAGGUCCUCCAUCCAGGGCCAGCAUUGAGCCCUGUGACUCCCAAGUACAGGCAGGGCCGGACUCAUUGUCCUCCCAGAGAGCUCCCCUCAUGGUUGCCAGUGAGGAUAACCCAAGGCUGGCCCAGGUGUCCCAGCCUGAAGUCAGAAUGCGGAGGUCCAAUCCCUCGGAGCCGAGGGUGGACAGGUUGAGGCGGCGGACGUUGCCCCAUGAUGUGAAGUUUGACUCCUUCAACCUCCUUGUGCCAGAGAAUGCUUCCAAAAGGCAGCAGAGACCAGCAGAUGGUCUGACUGCCCCAACCUGUGCCUUAAAGAGACCUCCAUUGUCCCACCAGCAGGCACAAACUCAGGAGGUGACAUCAGAUGCCUCACAAGGCAGAACUUUCCUGGUGGAGAAGCCGGGGCCAUCUGCAGAGCCCACUGCAACUUUUUUUGCAGUGACGUAUCAGGUCCCCAGUAUUCAGAAAGCCAAGAGUGUGGUUAAGUCAGGGCCUGAAGACGUGCUGGAACCUUCCAGAAAAACGCCUCCACCUCUGUCACCUCGCUCUGUUGUGUCCGUUUUGGCUUCUCCUGGCCAUGAAGAGUCAUGGUCUCUCGACAACAGCAAGGGCUGUGCUAAGGAGAGAGAGUACAAAGAAGUGUGGAACCUUUCCAAACACCCGAAGUCCACAGACCAGCCCGUGUCUGUAGGGGACAGGACCCCGGAUCCUCCCAGGGACAGAAUCAUUGAUGUGGAUACUCUGCAGCUUCAUCGAGGGUCAGAAGAGAAGGCUGUGAAGGAACGCAGGAUCGGGGCAUCCUCAGACAGAGAUGCCCCGAAGGCUUCCCCAAUCCUGAGGCAGCGGCCCAAAAGCCUCCUGGUGAGGAGGAGAACAGAGGUGAUCAGUGAAACAUUCCCAGGGAAGAUGAGAGACGGCUACAGAUCUGGUGUCCUUGACCUUGAUGCUCUGAUGGCUGAGUACAAGGAGCAGUCGAGCAGGAUUCCCAGCAAGGUCCAGGGGCAGCAGGACAGCCCUCCUGCGGAGCCCAGCGGCUCUCCUCAGGAGAGAUCAGGUUGGCCCAAGGAGGCAGAAUGGAGACGGAGGAGCCUGAAGGAGGCUCCCCAGUCUAACAGUGUUGGGCAACAAACAGGGCCCUCUGUGAAAGCUCUCCACUCCCCUGGCCCCAGCAAGCAGCCAGCAGAGCCCCUAGGGGUAGCCAUGGCCACCAAGUCUGGCUUGCCACUGUGGGCACCACCACACUCUGCUUCUGGAGAAAACUGUCCCUCGCCUUCUCCUGUCCCUGCUGGUUCCAGGAGGAAAUCUCUGGGUGUCGCCGAGUUUGAGGGCAAGCCCUCCUCCAGUGAGCACCAGGUUACAAAGCAUAAGCAAGAUUCAGGCAAGUCUCAGGAUCCCGGCAGCGGGGACCCAGUCUCCCCCAGGUCACCUCCCUCUGACUGGAAGAGAAGGGCUCCAAGGAGAUCCACUGCUCAGGGAGUGGAAAGCAAUGGGGUGCAGUGGGGAACCCCCCCACACAAUUCUGUCUGGUCACCACUGGACAUCAAGAGGGCUUGCUCAGAGAAGGGCCCGCCAGCCAGGAUCCAGGAGGGCCUGUCCAUCAUGCAGGACGCCAGGCAGCGGAGACGGGAGCAGUCUAAAGGGAAGCCGGACCUCCCUGUGGAGACUCCCAAGGCUGCCAUGGGACCCUGUCAGAGGGAUUCGAGGAGGCUGGAAGGCCCUAAGGCGCCUCUGCAGAACCUGGAGGGAAGGGAUGGUCGGCAGGACAGCCAGCAGCCUCAACGGCAGGUGUCCCCCGUUGCCUCUGUCCCCAGGCGAAGUCACAGCUUUUGCAAGGACAAGAGGAACAGUCCCCUCGUGAACCAGCUGAAGCAGUGUUUCUCCAGGCGAGCACCCGAGGCCAAGGAUACCGACACCCUGGUGCAGGAAGCCGACAGCCAGUAUGGGACCUGGGCGGAGCAGCACCAGAACGGGGGCAGUUUCGGCCCCGAGUCUCCGUCUCCCGACAGCAGUGCGGCGUCUGAGGGAAGGCAGCCUCCAGGAAGUCACUUGUCCUCAUACACCGAGUCCACAUCAGUGGAACAGCAUGACAGCUCCAGGGACCGGCGCAGCUCCAGCGUGGACCGCUCCAGUUCCGAGCUGGAGUCCACAGAUGGCCCAGAGGGGCCACCUCCAUCAGACGCAUGUCCUGCAGAGGGGGAGGAUGAUUUCUCCUUCAUCCAUCAAACCUCAGUCCUCGACUCCAGUGCCCUCAAGACCCGGGUGCAGCUGAGUAAGCGAAGCCGUCGCCGGGCGCCCAUCUCCCACACGCUCCGGCGCAGCCAGUUCAGCGAGUCUGAGAGCCGGUCUCCUUUGGAGGAGGAAUCACACAGCACGUGGAUGUUCAAGGACUCCACAGAAGAGAAGUCGCCCAGGAGGGAUGAAUCGGAUGAAGAGCCGCCCAGGAUGGAGAGGACCCCUGGCGGCCACCCGCAGAGGAUGCCCGUGUUCCCAGGCAUGGACCCAGCUGUACUGAAGGCUCAGCUGCCCAAGAGGCCGGAAGUAGACAGUCCUGGAGAGUCUCUCAGCUGGACACCCCAGCCCAAGAGCCCUAAGUCGCCCUUCCAGCCCGGGAUGCUGGGCAGUCGGGUGCUUCCUUCCAGCACAGAGAAAGAGGAGAGGUCAGAGGAAUGCUCACCCCAGUGGUUAAAGGAACUUAAGUCCAAGAAGAGGCAGAGCCUGUAUGAGAAUCAAGCUUGACCAGACAGGAUAUCACUAUACCCAUGAACUCAAGCCUUAACCACCAGAGGUCUGAACCUGAGGCCAAGCCACCCGCUUCUCCCUGACCACCACGCUCACGUGCCUGGGCCUUUCCACCCUGAAGACACUGUGCUGAGCCACAUCAGGGUCCCCAGGGGAAGACUCUGCCUGGGACUCGCUCCAGUCCACAGAAAGAUCUUUCAGCUCUCAAAGAAGUGUCCUGGUCUUUGGUGUGACAGUUGGCCUUCCUGCUCUCUGUGUACACCUCACCAGGCUCCCUAGGCUGGGAAAUCAGCUCCUGGGCUCCUCCCCUGGAAGCCCUUCGGGAAGGACUUUGACAAGCGAGCUUGAAUGGCUCUUGGGUUUGCCACCAUCCAAGGUCACCAUCCAAGCAUUACACUGGUGUCUCCCUGGUUGGGUUUGAUUUUUUUUUCCUUUUUUGACAAACUCUUCUUUCCCCACUAGAAACCUACAUUCUGAUUUAUAAGCACAGCCCUGCCCCAUCCUGUCCGUAUCCUUCUCCUUCCUGUGAGGCCCCAUGCACAGUUGGCCUGGGUCUCUCCACUUUCGUGUUUGCUUCAGAGGGGGACAGAGCAAUAAAUGCAGCCAAUUUUCCCUGAACAAGUGCUUACGUCCCAGCAGGGACAGCAGGAAGAGGCAGGCAGUGUCCAGUUGCCUCGGGUUACCUGAUCGCUGUCCAAGCCUAUGAAAGCUUGUAACGUUCGCCCUCGUCCACCUCUGGGUUGCUCUGAUCUCCGUGGGGUGGGUGGCCUUUUCGCCCAGUCUCAAGCAUUACAGACCUUGGUUGGAGUUGUCCGUGCCCUGGCCACUCACAUACUGGACCUACUCUUUCUCAAUACCCACGUCCUGCUGGAGAGAAGACACAACUGAGUCACUCGGAACAGACACAGCCCCGACCCCACCUUCCAUGACCCACUUGGCCGAGUGAUCAUCAAGGUCCACGUGGAUGUUGCUCUAACUGAAAGGCCCCUGUAGUGGGAGCCCCAGGCCAGAUGCUGGGCCAUGAACGAGGUCUACGGUGUCCUCCAUAGUGCCACCUGCAUGCUCGCUCCAGGGAGCCUCGAGAGCUUCUGUAUUCCUGAUGCCUACUCUGUCUUGUUUCCUUUUCUUAAGCCUUCAAGGUGACAUCAGAAGGCACCCCUCCUCCCCCAGCCACCAGCUGUCACCCUGGACACACCAGGCCCGCGGCCCGCAGCAGGGACACACCAGGCCCGCGGCCCGCAGCCUACAGCAGGCAGGCAGCUUCCAGAGACCUUUUUCCAGCCUUGCCUUGGUGGCAUGCUUGGCAGUUCCAAGGUGGUCUAUGGCUGUGGAGGACCCUGGGUCAGGUGUUCUGAUGGAUGCCUGCCUGGCACUGGUGCCCACGGCUGCCCUGAUAUCCUCAGAGGCAGAAGUCUCUCUGUACAUUCGUUUCUUGCAAAUGGUGUCAAGACCUGCCUCCCCUGUCCAUGGCUGCCCCUCUGUCUCUUGCCCCUGCUCCUCCUCAUCAGCCCUCUCUGCUUAGUUUCCCUUUGGAAGGGUGUGGUGGGAAUGAAUAGCUGUGCUUGGUGUCUUGGGUUAGGACAGUCACCUGUGUCUGCGGACUGAGGUGCUCAGCAGCAAGGAGACGGCAGUCCCCACCCUGUGCUCUGGCUACAGACAGGAGCCAUUGUCUGUUUACCCUGUACCCCACUCUUCCUUCACUGAGUUAGUGGUGAGUGGGCAUGCAGCUCUGAAAUCAGAGGGUUCAGUCUCCCUGCAGCUGCCCCCAUGGUUCCUGUUUCCUGUUCUGUUUUGUUUUUAAGAUCUAUUUUGUAUUCUGCAGCAAUUCAAUUUUGACCCAGUAGCUCCCCAGGGAUGUUUUUCAAACACAUGAGCAGAGCUGAGAGUAGGGUUGAGAGGACGGAGUAUGUAUCUAAUCACGCAGAUGUGGGGGUGCACUUCAGUGUGAUUCUAGCACCUGGCAGAUAGGAGGAGGGGGCAACUUGGAAGUCUGAGGACAUCCUUGGCUAUAUAAGAAAGCUGCAGGCCAGCCUGGGCUAUAAAACACACUCAGAAGAACAAAGCAAUGUUCUGCUCUUGAUUUGAGUCUAACUUGUCUUGACUCCUUUCUUCUGGGGAGUAGGAAGCCUAGUGUAAAUAAAGUCCAAGACAGCAGGAAGUGUUCCUAAGUAUCGGAAGGCACUGUAGAAUCAAAAUGAGCUUGCCUUGUCUCAUUACCUAAUCCCUCACACCUGAUGAGGAAUCAACUUGACUCCUUGUGAAGACCCGAAUGUGGACCUCAGCUUUGGCCAGGGCAAGCUUCUCCAUCUUCCCACCCCAGAACCCACGAUCGUAGCGUCUCACGGGGUCAAGAGUGACCUGUUGCAAGUUGGCUGUGUCCCCCUAUUUAGAGUCGAUGCAGCCCAGCGAGCAGAGGCCCUUUGGAUCCUUAGCCAAGAUGAGCAAGUGGCUUGUUUAGUCCUCUUUUAAAACCAGGUGAGGUUCUGGGGCCAAGUAGUGUGCUGGAUGCCUCCCCAGGACCGCCCCCCCCCCCUUAAAGCAACCUAAAAUGCCUUAAUUGCGUGUGUACUUCGGGCACCUGCAUCCCUCUUCCCCAUCCCUCCCUCCUGGUGACUCUGGCUGUUUGCAGAGUCUCACAUAGGCUCCAUCACCACCUCUUUGCCCAUCAGCAUUUUGACAUCUGGCCUUUGGGUCCAUCCCUCCCAUCCACUAGAUAGGCAUUCUUCUGCCUAGUCCCUGGCAGAGGCCUUAGCCCCGUGAAAUGGUGUGGCAUGGUGCUGUCGGGUGUGCUUCAGCUCCAGCAGAGAAACUAGGUAGCCCUGGGGAGUAGGGGCCUAGUGUAAAAUGUAUCUCACAUGUAUCUCACGCCCCUGGGUUGGAUGCAGGGACAGAUGGGAUCAGAGGGGUUUGUAGGGUAGGGGAGCCAGCACAGGGUUCUGUCUAGAUGCCCAUUUUCCUUUUACAAGACAGCCACCUCCAGGAAGCCACUGCUAAAGCAAAGAGCUGGAAAUAGACCCAAGUCCUCAACUUAGCUGCUGGGCAGGGAUUGGAAAAAUACUCAUGUGAUUUCCAAAGGAAACUCAGCUGGUCCCGGUGUGUGUGGGGUGGGGGCAGUGUGGGGGUAAUGGCUGCUCUGUCAGUUUUGGCUUUACAGCCAUGUAUCCUGGGGCCUGCAGAUCACACCCUAGAUCUAGGCUUGAUUGAAAAGUGAAAAGCCACUCCCACCCCUUUUUUGAUAUUCAGCCCUGGCAAAUCAUUUGGGCAACAGAGAUGCUGUGCCCUCCAAAUGUGCCUUUGCCCCACCACCUGUCAACAGGGAGCGGAUCUCCAAAUCCCCAGGGGACUAGCAGGGCCCCCUCUGCAUCUCUGAGCUUGCCUUGGCCUCAGGUCCCUCAGUGAGAGAGGACUUCUGUUGACGUUUUGGGAGGGUCACAUUCCAGAAGCCUGAAGCCAUGGCAGGAGGAUGUGGCUUCCUCUGUCCCUGUCCCUAUCCUGUGACCACCUCAUUACACCCCAGAGUAUCCCUUGUCUCUGUGGCUCCCACAGUGAAGGACACCUCAUAGCCUGCAUCCUUUACCCCCCCACACCCCGCCCCCAAGAGUCUCCUUCAGCUGUUUUUGUCACCUGUGCUGUGACAAUCCCUGGCAGCAUUGAGCCAGCUAAAAAUCUGUUAUCCUCUAGAGGACAAUCUGCUUUUUAAAUGUUGUCCCCUGUCGCCUUACAGAAUCUGUUAUAUGGGGCUCACAGAGGUUGUAUAUUGAUCUACAGAAGGUAUUUGUACUGAACUGCUUCUUACUCUGUUCUGGGAUAAUCACAGUCCUCCUCAACAUGCUUUGUAUGCUGGGGUGGGAGAAUGGAAUUAUAUAUGUGAAUAUAGGAUAUAUUUUCCUAACUGUUCCCCUGGGUCCUACCUGAGAUAUGUGCAUCGCAAUGGGGAAGGACUCGCAAGGUGCGCAUCCCGUCUGCAACAUUCUGACAGCUGCCUUACCAGUCCACAAGCUGCAGGACUUCUGAAUGAUGGCAGAUGGUGGGCACUGUAGCCAGUCCCAGGAAGAACCUAACUGCGUGACUGAGAAUUCAUCUAUUAAAAAAACAAAAAACAAACCAAAACUAUAUUUUUACUGUCAAAACAAAUGGGCUUCCGGGACUUCACAGUGACCGGAUGUCCCCUGUUCUUUUAUAUUUUGUCACUGUAAGAGGUUUACUGGCACAGACAAGCGAGUCAGGAAUCUGGCUGACUGCACUAAAUGGGUGAACUCUGCAUGUGCAAAGGGGGCACACCCAGACUCCAAAAGUAGUAAAUAAAGCUUUCCUGUCAAUGGUGA